AGUGUUUUAUGACAUUUGGUGCAUUAUAUUCAUUUCCUCUGUAGAUUUGCUGUCAGCUCCAGUCGCAGUUGAUUUUCAGAUGAUAUAUAAGGAGCAACUGCCCUAAAACUGGUGGCUGCACUGGUGGUAGCUCUUGGUAAAUGACAUAAGGACUGAAAGAUUCUUACCUGGACAUCGUGGUGGUGGCGCCCCUCUUCAACAGGCUGGGAGUGGCAUUAGGAUGCCUGAACUGGAUAACUUUCCCCCCCUGAGGGGCCCCAGAGGCCCUGAAUUGGGCCUAAAUGGACCAGCAGACCCAGCUCAAAUUCAACACAGCAUCCUGGAGGAGCAGGUGGAGCUGUGGUGGUUCAGAGAUCCUGGGAAGUCUCUGCUCUGCUACUGUGUGGCUGUUCUCCUAAUCUUGGGCUGUGGGCUGGGAGGAGUUGGACUUCUCUCCACCACCACCAGCGUCUCGAGCGAAUGGCGGCUGGGCGCGGGCACGGCCCUCUGCCUGCUAGCCCUGGGAGUCCUGCUCAAACAACUGCUCAGCUCGGCCGUGCAGGACAUGAAUUGCGUCCGAAGCCGACGGCGGAUUGACAUGCUAAAAAGCGGUGGUUUAUCUGACCUCCUUGUGGUUUUGAUUACGGGGCUUUCACUGUUGAUUUGUGGAGGGGUUCUACUACGUCUGGCCCUGGCUAACCACAUGCCGAAGCCCGGCCAAGCCCUCAAUGACAUGUACAUCUCUGGGGUGGUUUUGCUGGCUGGAGGGGGGGCCGCAGUUGUGGGCGUUGGGAUAUACUCUGUUGUGGUGAUCCUGCUUGAGAGGACAAGGCACGGACGAAGGCUGGUGGACCGGGUUUUGAAUAUCUUCACUGUUUCUGGACACAUGGACCACCAGGCUCGCAGAGAGACUACCUCCAGUCUGGCUAACCUCAUAUGAGAUAUAACCACACUCAGACUGUGUAUUUUGGCCCCCUUGCUCAGCUAAAUUAGCCCACACAUUAGCAGACACAUGAUUCACUCUUUACAUGCUUCAGCUUGGUCACCGGCUGAUCAGUGUGUAUGAAACAAAUUCAGUUGACUUUGUGUUAUCUGCUCGGUGAGGGUGUUGUCGAUGAGCAGUGAAAUCCCGCAGUAAGGAUGAUAAGAUCGAAGAGUAACACUGAAGAAGAAUUGAUUGCUACAAUGCAGCUGAAAGUCGGGGGGCAGUGGUGUGUAUUUUACAUGUGAGAGAUAUUUGAAAGUUCAAAUCAGCAAUUUUUUUUUACACACUGUAAAUCAUGCACCAUUUACAUGAGUCUAAAUGCCAAAAGAUCGGCGCCUGUGGCAGCACAGCAGAGGCAGUGUUAGUAUGCAGGUCACCAGCACAAAAGCAUGCAAAACAAGAAGAACAAAAAAAUGUUGAUUUGGCUUGUAUUUAGGGAGAUUCAGUCAGAUGAAAAGCACAUAUUUUAGCUGAGACACGUCUGAAAUUAAAGGGAGAAGUGUUUGAUGUUAUUGUUACCAGAUAGGUUCAGCAGUGUGGAAUUAAUUAACAAAGAUCUGUGGUGGGGGCAUAGUCUACAGUGGCCUCAUUUGAUUUGAAUAAAAUCAUCUCAGAUGAUCUAUAAACAUAAAGUUGUAAGAAGUGCCCACAGACAACUCAAGGUGACACGAGGUUGUGGUUAAAGGGGCCAUUUACAAACUGGUGUGUAUAAUGUAUCUGUGAUAAACAUGUAUCCUGUCAAAGUGCCCUUGGACCACACAUCUGACCACUCUCUGCUCUGUGAUUGUGAGCUGUCAUGGAUAAGAGCACCAGCUGAAUGGAGAUAGGUGGGACAAGGUGGAUAUAAAAAAAAGUCAUCUUUUUAAAUUCAUUUGUAAUUUAUAUACCGACCUCACUCUGUCCAUGUUCACAUGAAGUUAUGAAAAUGUGCAGCUGAUGAAUUUGACUGUGGGUAAAACUGAGGAUGGUCAAUAGACACGAGGCUUCUCCUGAUCUCAUUUCUUUCCUCACUUUAAUAAUAAUUUAUCAUAAUUCAUGCAGUAGGACUGUGGUGUUUGUGACAGACUGUAAUAUUUGGCUGCCUGUACACAUGAGAAGACGACAUGAUUGUUGGCGAAUUAUAUCACAGCACUUUAGAAUGUAUGGAUAAUUUGUGGUCUUGUGCAUCAACACAGUAUUGUCUUAACUGUCACUCUUGCGGCGCCUUGUUUUCCUUUAACCUGCGUCCUUCUAUAUUUUUUAUAUUA